AUGCCUCAGAUCGUCCUGCCCGUCGUCAUCGGCGCCAUCGGCAUCGCCAUCAAGGCCUCGGGCCCGUCAUCCAUUGCUACGUCAUCCGGCGGAGCUGCCAGCUGGGGCGCUUCUCGGACGAGCCCUUCGAGGUCAGCGACCUGGCGGGCUCCGUCAUCCCGGCCAUCAACGAGACCGUCAUGCUGCGGGCCCAAUGUUGUUCACUUUGAAACCUUGGAAAUGUUUGCGCGCUUCGACAACGUCCCGCCCACCUGCAUGGUCCUCUCCACUGUCCUGACCGGCGGCUGCGGCGUGGCUCCCCCUUACCCGACCGUGUACGGCUCAGCCUGCCUGCAGUACGCUGGUCUGAGCGAGGGUCAGCUUAACCAGCUGGGCGACGCCCUGCGACCCCAUGUCCACCCGGUCUAA